CUCACUCGCAAGCAGCACGAUCCUAUUGGAUUACUACGGUUACAAUGCAGAGUGCAGACUGACGUGCGGCAACACGGUAAGAAAAUGUAGCAUACAUACAUUACAGGGGGGAAAGUUUGCGUACCGGCUGUAAACUGCUGUUUAUGUCUUCCCGGCAGUACGGCGUCCAGCUGCGUACCGGUGUUGUGCCGUAAAAUGCACCCCUGCCGUAGAAUGCACCCCUGAUGGGAUCGCGGUUGAAAGUACAUAACAAGGCGAAAUAAACCAAGUUUUCCUUACUGUUGGAUGGAUUCAAAAGCUUAUUUCAUUCAGGCUAUUCAGGUAAGCCGAAAACAAUGAUUCAGAAUAUUUGCUGUCCUGAAAAUAUAAUGUUCUCUACCGUGACAACUUCCUGUACAGUUUAUAUACCCAAGUACACUCGUGUUUUUUUUUUUUAAUAUGAGAUAAUUUUCUUCCACUUUAAGAAGCUAAUGAGCGGAUAGGAUACAGGGGAUGCAUUCUACGGCACAACACCUGCGUACUUUCACCCCUGCUCCUGUGGUUAAAGAUGGGAUGGGAGUGGGUCUGAUCUCACUAGGCAAGGCUCAAUAUUCAGACUUCAGAUAACACUUGUUGUAAAUAAAGAUUACUUAAUGACUGAUUCAUAUCCUCAUCUUACUCUGCAGAUCACCUAGUGCAUGACUUUUUGAGAAACUAUUCCUUUAACUAUAGACAGUGCUAAUGUUGGGGGGACAAGCUCAGCCCUGUUCAUUAAACAUCUACAUCCCUGCAAGAGCAUAAGCUAAAGAUGUUUUAGAUGUUACAGAAAACAUUAUCAUGUAAUUCUCUGAAGGUAAUCAAAGGUCAAACUUCAUUCAGAGAGAAAAAAAUGAAGCUUCUUCUUCUCCGUUUGCCUCUGUGUUCCUACUGCAGGAAGAAAAUCCUGUGACACUCCCUUGAAACUAAGUAUAAGGAAGGAUUUUCCUUUUAAGAGUUAAUCAAUUAUGACAGAAAGAAUCUGUGAUUUCUCUCACCUGCUGUGAUCUUAGAAAAAUGUGUUUUAGAGGUGUCAGUCUCAUCCCGGAGUGAAGUGUUUCCAAAAAAAAUGACGUGGUGAAUUUGAAGCUCGGUCUUUUGCCAGUUUAACUCGAUGUUUUGGCAGCCGCUUUCACAUUCAUCCAAAGAGCUUUUCAUUUCCUCAACAGUGUUUUUGUUUUUACUGGAGCAAUUAUAUUAGGUCUAUUUUAAACUGCUGUUAAAUUUUCCACAAGAUGAUCACAGCGUGAAACUGUUGGCAGUAUUAACUUAUUGUAGCAGUUCUGACAGGCCUGCUGAGUCACAUUAAGUUUUAUUGAAAACACACAUAAAAUAAUAACAAAAUCAAGGGGAAAGAUGCUGGAGAGUAAGAGCUUUUCAUAUGAUAAGAAAGAUAUGAUCCUAUCUUCACAGUGAGAGCAUCUGACAAAGUGUUCCACAUCUGAAGUCAAUAUAAAAACUGAAAAGGCUUCAGAGACGGCAGCAUUAAAGGGAUAUUCCGGUGUAAAAUUAAUUUAGAGUCAAACACACCUUAACACCGAGUUAGACAACCCCUCAAGAGAUGAAUGUUGCCGACCGCUUGCUUCUCUAGUUAUACCAACUUUAGUAACGACCGCAGGAUAGCAAUACACAGCGGUCUGAGGAGCCAUAAACAAACCUCAACCAAAAUCCACCCAAUAACCACAAAUAAUGCUCAGAACAGCACCUAACUUCACUAGAGAAGCAAACAGUCAGCGACAUUCAUCUCCCCAGGGGGUGUCUAACUCGGUGUUACGGUGUGUUUGACCCUAACUUAAUUUUACGCCGGAAUAUCCCUUUAAUGGAGCAACAAAGAAACGAAGCGCAGGUUACAACAGAAGUCUUCUACCUCCAAGAUAUUAUAAAAUUUGUGAAACUUCAUCUCCAACCUUUGACCAAGUUUUUCCACAUCAAGUCCCGACCAAAGUAAUCAACUCUAACUCUAUUAUUUAAAGAUGAUUUCUCCCUCUGACCCCAGAUUGAAAAGAAAAGGCCUGAUGGGACAUGUGCACAGAUGCAUCCAAUCCCACAGCAGCAUUUACCCAGCUGUAAGAAAAAGCCGCAUAUGUCUCACUUUGGAGCAGGAUUUGUGGUCGACGCGUUAAAACUGAACAGUACGCGUUACGUGUCCGAGUCUGUACACUUUGGUUUCUACACCCCCCCGACCACCCACAAUAUACCUCAGUGGAUGUCUCUCUCUCACUCCUCGUGCCAAGAGCAGCAUGGAAAAGCUAGCUUUAUGAGCCUGUGGGCAGCGGUGGAGAAGAGGGGAAAUGUAGAUGAUUUGUUGGGAGACCAUAAUGGAGACAGAUGAUCCUUUCGGGUCUGUCUGCUGUUGAAUCAGCGCUGCCACCCAGUAAGGGAGAGUGCGUUCUCUGGCCGGGUUCCCUCUCCCUGUUAUUUCUUUUUUUCACGCUGCUCUUCUUAUAGACCUCCACUGCAGUCCAUUUAACAACCCAUCCAAGAGUGUACUGAGCAUGCUCAGUCUGUGUGUACAGUGGUGUCAUAGCAUAGCAAUGAGGCAACACCACUGAAGCUCAAUCUCUCUUAUUCAAACAGAGAGAAAUAUCGAAGAUUUGAAAUUCAAAGGUUUGCAAAUUGUUCCCGCUGACACAUUUGCAGCUGAGUGCGGCUUUUUUUUCUGCAAAUUAAACAACCUGAGGAGGAGAACUUUUAUUAGCAAUGACUCUUUGCUUUUAGAGAGGUAAGCAGGUACCUGUUUGUGGGAUUUGUUAUUAAAAAAAAAGACAAAUUAAAGACACAGUGUGCAGUUUUCAGCAGCAUUUAUAAGAGCAGACCUGGUGGAAAUGAAAUAUAACAUUUAUCCGUUUGAUAAAUAAGUUUAUAAUUACUAAAAUAUAAAAAUCUGUCAUUUUGUUUUGUUUUGUUUUCCUAGAAUGAGCCUUUGACUUCUACAUAAGGAGCAGAUCCCCGAUCAUGGAGGCUGCCAUCAUGCACCGUCACCAUGUUUGUCCUGCGGCACACAAUGGACAAACAGGUACUGUGCAGGUUUUUAUAUGAAGUGAGUGAUAGUGCAAAAUGUGCCAGUUAGAAGACAUUUUUGUCCCCCAAGGCCACCAUAGCUUCAUCAGUUAAAGGGGUGAGCAAGGGAGCAUUUCAAUCUACAAUCUGACAACUUCAUGUUCCCAUUUCUACACUCUGUAGGUUGAAGACCAGGGCUUUCUCAUUCUUUCUAAUGCAUGUUAAAGCCUGUGAGGAACGUUUGGUUUGUGUCAGUUUUGGUGCCCCCUACAGUCAAGGCAGGUUUACCUUAUCUUGUCCUCUACAUGCUUGAGUAGUAACCUUGUAAAAAAAAAAACAAGAGGGCUGUUUCUUCAGCUGCUUUGCUGACUCCUCCUGCCUUUGCACCAGUUUCAGAGACUAAAAGUGCGGCUGUAAAAACCAUCAAUCUUGUCACUGAUGUUCCUGUUUGAUCUAAGAAUAUCUAAAACAGCUUAAAUAUGAAUUUCAUCUCAUUUUAGACAUGCCAAAAAAUCAAUCUUUGAAGGAUGAACUCUUCUUCUGCCCUCCAUAGUUUAGAGGUCAGGGUCAGCUUUAACUCUGCAGCCUGAAGCCAGUCCGGACUUUGUUUCUCGCUGAGGGACACUUCACUAAGACACGCUCUUGAACACGGGUUAAGUAGUUGAAAGACUGGCUCUGUAGCCCGCAGGCCUCGCUGUGAUCAUCCAUUUAGCUUUGUUCUGUGUCAAACAGAGACUUCACUGUCCUCUGUGCUCUGUUAUUGUCUCAUUUUCUUCUUGUGUAUGUACACAACUCUUUGGUGUGUAUGUUUUAGACAACACACUGAACGGCAUUGUGUUGUUUAAUCACAAGGGGCAUUCUUUAGCGCUAUUAUGGGCACUUUAAAUGCAGAUAAAAUACAUUAGCAGUCAUCCCCCCAUGCUCUAUGAUAACUAUAAAGACCAACCCCACAGCUAACACAGCAGUGAAACGAAUGAAUUUAAACUGUGAUAUAAUAAACAUCAUUAUCUUCAACUCAAGGAAGAUUGAUGACGACAGAUUUAUGCUCCAAACAUACAGUGUGUUAUUUAACUGAUUGUCCAUGUGACUGUAUUUCUCUCAUAAUGGCGUAAAAAUGACCAAACCAAGUGGAAGCAAUCAGCAGUGACUUCCUUCAGAUUACUUAGCUGCAUGUGUGGAGAAAAAAAAAAAAAGGUGCAAUUACCAGCGUGUGAUGUAUUACAUGUAGGUUUUAACACUACCAGCUGUGGACUUCUGGGAAAUGUCUGGGAGGGCCAGCUGUAGUUUUUGGCGUCAGCAGUUGAUGAAAACAGGCCAGUGAUACAAAUAAAAGUAAAUAACUAGACUAGAUGUUAAAAGUGUCUUCUCGAGUCUUCUGACCACUCACUGUGUUUUUACUUCACACUAUAUUCACACACUGAUGGCAGAGGCUUCUAUGUAUCAGUAUUAUCUAGACCCACAUAACCUCGACACAGUCAUAGGAGGCAACUGGGGUAAAGUUUCUCCAGCGUGUGGAAAGUAGGACCCCUAAUCUAGCAUUAGCCUGUCUAAAACUGGACUUUUAGAGUCCAUGUAAAAACAUGAAAUCGCAGAAACUAUAGUCUAAGGUAACAAUACGUCCUCUUUUACCCGGACAUGUCCUCUUUUUGGGGGGCUGUCAAGCUUUGUCCGGGGGAGUUUAUAAAAUCCUUUAAAUGUCUGGGGUUUUGUCUGGAUGCUUUGAGUCUGUGUCGCGUGGACUUCAUGAGUUAGAAGGGCGUAAAAAAACACUCAACCCGACCUGAAAAACUCUAAAUUUAAUACACGUGACUCCAUGACCCUGCCCCAGUGUAGUUGUGUCCUCUUUUUAGGAAUUCAGAAUAUGGUCAUCCCGCUAUGGUCUACUAUAAUAUCUUAGUUCUACAGAUUGAUUUUCUCCUGCAUGUACACACUUCAAAUGGACUCAAAAUUACAUAAACAAAACAUAAAAAAUGACCCUAAAUCACGACAAAAAGAAACCAAGCUGUAAAGUUUCACCACCUAACCACCUCUUGUUAGCCACUUGCUAACUUUUUUAUCAAUUGUUUUGGUAUAAAGCGUAGUAGGCCCACCAGGAUAUGGCUCUACAGAAACAACUUCAUGAGCAACAAAAGAAGUGCAAAAAAUAAACUGUCCAAAAACAAACAAAAAAUUCUGCUCUGAAAGAGAGACGCUGCAUCCAGACCAUGUAAAAAAACAUGUUUCUGGCCAACGAGGCGCUGAGUGAAAAGGUUUAUUACUCACAAGACAGAGUGAGGAAGACCAGACCAGGACAUCCUCAGGCUACUUCCACAGAACCCCCCACUCAGAUCUCUGGAGAUUUAGGGGAAGGGGGUGAUGCCUGAGAUCACUCUAACUCCUCUCACCUUCAUCAGGCUCCCUCUGAAUCUCCUUCUGACAUUUUUCAUGUCACUCCCUAUGACUGUACGCCAUCUCUACAUCCAAGCGAUAAAUCCAGAGUCUGUUCUCCUUCACUCUUUACUGUCAGUAAUAAAGUGGACUCUUAUGAGCUGAGAGCAUCUCUGGAUAUAGACUUUCACUCCUUAGGGUUUGAGUGUUUCAGAUUUUGGAUUCUUCGCAGCUCGUUCAGUUAGCAGCUGGUUUUUCUCAUUUGCAUCUGUCUCUCGGUUUUUCGCACGUUUUUGAAGUCUUGCAUUUGCAGGAUGAUUCACCUGAUGAAGAUCAGUUGUGGAUUGGCUGCACUGUAGCAGCUUUAUGUUGAGCUCUCUGACUUGACUCAGUCUGAAAACUGAGGGUCUGUGGGGGGUCUGGGAUGAUAAAGGAAACAGAGGGUGGACAUAGCUGAGCAGUCUCAUCUGUGUGACUGACAGUCAGUCGGGCCAGCUGCUGUCCUUCUGCAGUCAAGGGGAGAAACACUAAAGGAGGGAGGAUGACAAGGAUGCGUGUGUGUGUGUCUGUCUUUUUGUGCGCGCCUGCAUGCCUGAGAUUUGAAGUCACUGUGUCGCCGUCAUCUCUUUUGUCAGAGUCCCACAUUCUUCGGCUCUUUGCCGGUGCCUCCUGCAGCAGGCGGGCUGACAGGCUGUGAAUGGCUGUCCCUGCUGUGCGGUGGCUGCCUGCCGCGUGGAGUCAAACCUUCAACAGCCCUUAUUAGUGUCAGCAGCUCGCAGACAUCAGGGGCUUCAGACACAUGGGGCAUGAGGAAUUGUGCGUGUGUGUUUAUUCCACUACUUUUUCUUUUAUCAUCUUUAUUUUUUGCGCUCUGAGGAAAACUGUUCACGUCUCGUGUGGAACAAAUGAACAGUGCUAAGAGACAGAGACGCAGGAGGUCUGUGGAGGAAUGUGUGGAGCAAAAUGUGCUCAGGAGAAAGGGCACGUGUGUGUGUGUGUGAGUGUGUGAGUGUGUGUGUUACAACACAGGCAUACCACCCCCCUCCUCUCCCUCUUUCUUUUCAAGUGUGACAGUGAUUAAUGAUCCUCAGCUGUCAGGUACAUUACUCAUGCUUUCUCUCUCCUUUUUCUUGUUCCUCAUCAUUUGGAGCUCUGUUUCAUCUUCUCUCCUCUUCUGCUUCUCUUGAUUUUUACUUCCAGGAACUGAUGACGUUGGUUCACAUGACAGUACUGACAUGAAAUGUAGGAGAGGGCCUGAAGCACAGAAACAAGAAUGGACUCUUUUUACGUGAAACUUUUCACCAAAUGGUCCAUAAUGAAAGUUACCCUUUUCGACCAAAUAACUCUCCUCUACAGAACUUCAAAAAUAUGAUGGAGAAUUAGGGCCACAUUAAGAAAUAAAUUAAGAUUUCAAGAUUAAAGUCGUUAACUUAUGAGAAUUAAGUCAUUAUGAACAAGAAUAAAGUCAUAAUAGUCUUAACUUACAUGAAUAAAGUCAUAAUAAAAUCAUUACUUACGAGAAUAAAGUCGUAAUAAAGUAAUAACUCACUACAGUAAAGUCAGAAUAAAGUCCUUAUAUUCUAACCUGUUGUUUAAGAUGACAGUUGUUGAAAUGAAAGCCACGGAGCAUUUUGUGUAAAUGUACUUCAAUAAAGGUUUCUCAAAUACUUCAUUUUUCGGCACAUCAGCACCACGUUUUCAUGAGUAUCAUAAUUACUUUAUAACAACUUUAUUCUAGCAAGUAAUUACUUUGUUACAACUUUAGUCUCAUAAGUAAUUACUUUACUACAACUUCAUUUUGUUAGUAAUUACCUUAUUAUGACUUUUGUCUCGCAAGUAAUUACUUUAUCACGACUGUACAUUGUAAGUUUUUACUGUAUUACGACUUUAUUCUUGUUAAUAAUUACUUUCUUACGACUUUAUGCUCGUUAGACAUGACUUUAAUAUGACUUUAUUCCCGUCAAUUAUUAUCUUACGACUUUAUUCUCGUUAGUAAUUAUUUAAUUGAGACUUUAUUCCCAUUAAUUAUAACUUUAUUACGACAUUACUCUCAUAAGUUAUACUUUCUUACUUCUGAUUAGUAGUUACUUUUCUACGACUUUACUCUUAUAAGUUAUUACUUUCUUACGACUUUAUUCUCAUUAGUAGUUACCUUAUUAUGACUUCACUCUCGUAAGUUAUUACUUUCUUACGACUUUAUUCUCAUCAGUAGUUACCUUAUUAUGACUUCAUUCUCGUAAGUUAUUACUUUCUUACGACUUUAUUCUCAUUAGUAGUUACCUUAUUAUGACUUCACUCUCGUAAGUUAUUACUUUCUUACGAAUUUAUUCUUGUUAGUAAUUAAUUUCUUUAUUCUCAUAAGAUAUUUACUUUAUUAUUAUUUUUAUUUAGGUCUCAAUUUUUUUCCAUAUGUGGCCCUAAUACUCUGUCAUACAAAAUGAAAGCAUUAUCUCAAAAUAAAUUAAGCCUUUAGCUUUUAUUUUGAAAAGUUGCACCAUAGUUUUCUUGCUUGCCAAUACAGACAUCAGCUCACCAUUUUCUGGCCCGUCUUAUGUACAGCAGUUAUGGUCACAUGGUUUGGACCUCAGGCUGAAUGUCUCCUCAGUGGUUUAAUCUUAUCAAGUCAAAAAAUGUCCAAAAAUAAAAUUAUGUAUAAUUUAUUGGAGCUAUUUUGGCUGAGAUUAGCACACGGCUUGCAGAAAACAGGGAGGAGCAUCCGUUCUCUGGGUUUUACUGGCCUGUGAAACACGGGCUCAGGUCAGCGGUCUGAGCAGCAGCCGGACCCUUCCUGGGAGAAGCACCAGGGUACAGUUGUCUUUGGAAAAACGAGCAGGAUCAGGGUUUACUGGACUAAGUUGUACUGAACCACACCAGACCUCUUUUUCUUCACUCGCUAGCCCCCCCUCACUGAGAAGAAGUGAACAACCAGAAAGGACUCCUCACAGCUGACCCAGUGCUGAAAAGAAUAAUACCACUAAUGAUAGGCAUGAAACCGGAACGUGAGCCAGAAUAUGUUCACUGAUGUGUGUGUGUGUGUGGGGCGGGGGGUUUACCAAGUCCUGGUCUUUGUACAUUUGCAUGUGUUUUCUCAUGUGUGUACGAGUGUGAGCCAUGAAUCUGCCAUGUGAAGGCGUUUGAAAGAGGCCAGACGUCGGCUGUCAGACCUCUCUCUGUCCUCCCCUCCUCCCCCUCCCCCAGCCUGCGGCCUCGAUGAUGGAUGACGGCGAAUGAGAAGUUUCCUCUCCUGGACUGCCGACUGCAGCCGGCUGCCGUCAGAGGACCGACCAUCUGCUUUCCAUUGCAUGAGCCGACGGGGGCUCUGGGUUUUGGGUCUGGGUUUUGGCUGCACUGGCAGCACGAAGGAGCUACAGACAGCCAGGCCUGGAGGCAGGGUGGGCUGUGGAGGAAUUAAGCAGCCCCUAAACCUGACAAAUGAAAAUAACAAACAGUGUUUAUUUUCAACAGAAGUGAAAUCUUCAUUAAUCAGAUUAGCGCCGGAGCUUCCAGUGAAGUUCAAAAACUUUCCUAAUUAUUCUGAGAAAAGUGUCGACUUUAGGGAAAUGAGUGUUUGAUCUGGUAGAAGCACACUGGCAGCAUGUAAAGGGAACUCUUUUAUUACAUCUGGACUCUAAAUACCUGCGUCAGGUGAAGUUUUACCAACAAGAAUAACAAUCCAAGUAAGGAUCUGGACACGGGGAGCAUGUGCGCUCCAUCGUGGAUUGAAGUGGAGUCCAGCAGAGUGCAGUCUGGUGCAGCUGGACUCAAUAGACUGAACUCUUGUGAUCAUAGACGUCUCAUGAAAUACAGAAAAACAACAAAUCACAGAGUCGAUUUUGAGCUUCUGACAUGAUACAGAGUUCAGUUUUUCUCAGGAUUUGAGGUCUAAAAAUACUAUUGCUGUACUUGGUUGGGCUGUUACUGGAUAAAAGUCAUAUUGUGGUCGGCACAGAUCACAGAUAAGUGUUUUUUUUGUAGAUGUUAAAAAAAAAGAUCCAUAAUGAAUCAGUGUUUCUAACAAAAGAGGAUUAGGGCCACAUGAAGACAAAAAAAUUAUUACAGGAAGGAGAUCAAAAUCAAAAUUUGGAGAUUGAGGUCGAAAUGUUGUGAUUAAAUAGUUAAAAUUUUAAGAUUAAAGUCGAAUUUUGAGAUAAACAUUUAAAAUUAUGUCAGUAAAGUGGAAAUAGUGAGAUAAAAGAUUGAAAUUUUGGGAUUAAAGUUGAAUUUCAGGAUUAAAAAUUGAAAUUUCAAAAUUAAAUUAAAAAUCUUUAGAUUAAAGUAAAAAUUUCGAGAUUAAAGUUGAAUUUCAGGAUUAAAAAUUGAAAUUAUGUCAAUAAAGUAGAAAUUUUGAGAUUAAAGUCGGCAUGAUUAAGUCAAAAUUUAGACUAUUUAAAAUUCUCCCUCCUGUAAUUAUUUUUUUUCUCUUUUUGUGGCCCUAAUUCUAUUUCUUAGUUUUUCUCUGUAAUAUCCUUACAUGGCGUUUUAUCUUGAAACAGUAAGCUCUGUCCAAAGUGUCAGGUUUCAUCUGUGCAUGGGAAAUAGCCGACUCUUAAAUCCUGUUUGAUUGGUGUUUUCAGAAUGAGUGUCUUACUCUCACUUUGCACAACAUUUAAGAUAUUAUAUAAGACGUAUUCGUUAGACACUUCCAGUUGACGGUUCGAUCUUCUGCAGUCUUCUUGGAUAAGACACUGAACCCCAAGCUGUUGUGAAUGGUGGUAGUUAAUACUGAUGUACAGCAGUUCCUGCCAUCAGCCCCCCAUCCAGAGUUUCAUCCAGCCUCACAUCAACCUCACAGCUCUGCCAUGCUGUCGUAUGUCAGUUGCCGGCAGGGCUGGAAACUACAGAUUUAAACAAACAAUUUUAAUCAGUGUCAGUCCAGGUUGUGUCAAGCCAAACCACAGCUUGUUUGUCUGCUCUGAUUUAUUAAGCCUGGAGGUAUUAACUCAGCAGGAGACAAGGAAGAUCACUGGCAGCACAGGGGAGAGGGAUCAUAAGUCGGUAUGGAAACACAGAGAGAUGGACAAAGACGAAAAUAAUCACUUAGCUCUGCUCUCCAGGAUUUAAUAUCGGACUUUCCUGCCAAACUUCUCCUUUAAUGAAACACUACAGAGCUACAGGGCCGGCUGAUUAUCACUGCGCAAUAAAUCCACUGUAUCAUAAAGUCAGGCAGAAUGAGCAGAUGUUAACCAUUACAUCACUUUUUUUAUGGUAGCCGUAGUUUGGCUGUACUGCACAAGCCAACUUAAUACAGAAAAUUAAUAAGUCAAAUUUUUUAUGUGGAAUCAAGAGAGAAAUAGAAGAAGAAAAAGAGAGAGAUUCAAAGGGAACAUGACCAAAAAUCACCACAAAACUUCAAUUCAGAGUUCAGAGUUUUAUUUUUCCAAUCAGCGACUUCAUCCUGCCUUCCUCUGAGCUUCUACUUAGAUUAAGAGUCUUUCUGUGCUGCAUUGUGCAUCCUCAGAAAAGAGGCUGCUGAUCUAUCGAGCCAGAUGGUGAAUCCUCCAUGUUCCCCUCAUCGCUCAUGGUGGAGAUUUCUUUUGCUUCAAACUGAUGGUCUCUGCAGGACACCCGAAACGCUCGGUGUCUAUCCACGUACUUUAACGGGCAAAAUUUCUUAAUCCGGUUUAAAAUUUGAGGGGUCAGAUCAUCUGAUUCCGCUGUUUAUAUGGGUGCAAAAUCAAAUAAUCCGAUCAUGACAUGCGUAUACAUGCACCAAGUCUUAGUCAGAUUAGAAGCAUUUGGACAUGCGCAGAGUUGUCUGAUUUCUCUAAAACAACCACAGAAGAAGAAGAGUUGUAUUGACGCCUGUGCUGUCAACAAACCAACAAACGCGGUAGUGGCUCACUUCAUCCAAUUCAGGAGUUUCCCCCUGUUAAAUGUUGUCACUAGAUGGCGCCCUUGCGUACUUAUUUUACUGUUCUGUCAAAGGUUGCACUGUGCGUGCAGAUGUGACAUCAUUACGCUGUAUGUACGCCUUGUUAUGUUACCGGAGGAGCGGAUACAGCACCUGCGGUUAUGUUUUAAGCCAGAGUGUUAAUAAUGAAACCUCCUGUACUGACCUCAAUAAAUAAACCAAAGACUAAAGAGUGAAGAUCGAGUCAGGUAAGAGAGUCACGAUUUACAUGGACGCAUUUUAGAAUUACGAUCGGCAUAACCCACCCCUCUUGAUCGGAAUACAAUUUCUUUCCAAUUUAGCCGAAUUGGAUCAGAAUCUUCCGAUCAACAUGCUUAUACGAAGCAUUUUUAUUCCAAUCUGGUGUUUAUUCCGAUUAUUCGUUCCCAUGUAAACAUAGCUAUUGUUAGUUUUCUUCCUUCCACUGUUGGGUAGCUUGUUUUUUUGGCAUCACAUUUGAAAUUUUCCCUCUUUUUGGAUGAACUUAAUAAUAAUAUCUCACCGCUCCUUCUCCAGAGUUCUCUCCUCUGGUGAAAAGCCGUGGGCACACUCUCAGUUUACACCCACUUAAACCAGGAUAUAACCUUAAACCACAGAAGAGUCUCAGUUGCAGACCUGAGGUGAAGCUUGCGCACCGUGAGGCCCAGAACUCCCCCUCUUGACCCACAGUCUCACUGCGAUCCAACAAGCACUGACAGCUAAAGUCUUAGUGGGUUGAUGGUAUUUGUGUGUGCGUUUUUUGGGUCACUGACUGAUGUGUGAAAGGUUGAUGUGCAGUCAUCAGUCACCUGCCAGCUCUCUGACAUCUCCCUCUCUCCUGGUGUCAUCUCCUUUCUGCCCUCUUUCACUCCCGUCUGUCUUAAACCGACACCUGUCUUUCAGCGAGAUUAACGGCCGUCUGUCUUUCUCUGUGUGGGUGUGUGUGUGGGUGCAAAUAUCUGCUGUCUCAUGGCGUGUGUGUCUUUUGUUUUAAUCCCCGGGUUCAAACACCUCCGGUCAAACACGCACUCAGCCGGACGCGGAUCAAUGAAGUUCUGUUCUGACAGGGGGAGGGAGAGGUGUAUUGAUAAGGCUGUAAAUGAAGUGAUUGGCAGGAUCGAUGGAGACCUCGGGGGAAUGAUCAUGUCUGUCUGUCUGUGGGAGCAGAAGCAUGAGUUUAAGUGGACACAGAGACGGAGUGUACAGCAGUGAUAGUGAGUGCACAAGCAGAAUAUCAAACAUAAUAGAGCUGGCUGCAGCCUCUGUAUCUGCUCUGUGCCUCAUCCAUCUAUAUGACAGGACAAUGGAACAGCAUGGCACAAAACUGAGCGCUGGCGCCCAUUGUGAGCCCAGUCAAAGGACUGGAACAGCAUCCAGGGAGUGGAGUUGAUCAUUCACCCCCAUGAAUCCACUUUGUCUCCCCACAAUCAACCUUUUAGGAUAUUUAUUUAAAGCACUUUGCUCUGUAUAUUUUACGCGUUGUUUAUUUCCAUGCAAGUUGUGUAAUUACAUCAUGUUGCCAUAAUAAACAUUUUUCAUGCUUUAGCUGCAACAAGUUGAUGCUACACUGCAAAGACACUUGUGACAACAGUUUAGAUGUGCUGUCACUGAACAUUUGUGACUUGGCAGAGCCGUAUAAUAAACCUGCCAUUUUAUAUUUGCAGCAGUGGAGCAAAGUUUCUGUGGCAAAUUAGGUGGAGUCUCACCGGGACGGCUGUGACUCUGCUGUCCCAUCUACAUACUCAGGUGUAUGGUGGCUGAAGAGGGCAAACCAUAGACUGUAUAUACUAUGGACAACUUGGUUCUGCCUUCUGCCAGUAUACCGAUUUGAAGCCGAAAAGCUCUCUGGAAUUCUGCGUUUUUUCUCCACUUCCUGAAACAAACAUUGCACAGUAGCAUUGUACGUAUUUGGCGGGAGAGUCGUGAUGACGCUCGGCUCAAACAGCGUAUCCCCCGGGUGAGCUAUGCAAUAUUUGUACGCUCAUUGGCUGUAUCAAGUGUCAAUCAUAGAAAACUUGAACCCCCUAAUAACUUUUGAAAAAGGAGCUGCACAGAAAAAAGAGGACUUGAGCAAAAACCAGUCUUACAGUAACUACAUGUCAACAUCACAACCAGGGGGGGGAAAAAAUUAUAUUCUGUGUAAUAAAUUUCUAAAGUUUGUCCACAGCUCCAUAGGGAUUGCUGGAGGAGGCGGGAUUUAUGACCUAUACUGCAGCCUGUCAGCAGAGGGUGCUGUUCUCAAGGGUGGCUUCUCCCAGCGAGGAGACAGAUGGCGUCCAUUCUAUAUACAGUCUGUGGUGGGGUGACCAUAUUCUCACUUCCCAAAAAGAGGACACGACUACUCAGGGGCGGAGUCACGGAGUCGCCUAAAGUUAAUUUGAGAGUUUUUCGGGUCGGAUCAAGUGUCUUUUACGUGUUUCUAACUCAGCAAGUCCACGUGACACAAAAUCAAAACUUAAGUACAAAACUGCAGACAUUUGAAGGAUCUUAUAAACUUCCCCGGUCAAAGCUGGACAAUACCGGACAGCCCCCAAAUAAGAGGACAUGUCUGAGUAAAAGAGGACGUAUGGUCACCCUUGUCUAUGGGACUAACGAUCUGACUUAUAAGAAGAAGUGCAGAAACAAUGCAACUUCAAAAAUCCACACAAAAGCUCAAAACAUAGUCAACAUGGAGACGUGCAGGAAAUUAGAAAAGCAUGCUGCCAAAAGCUAAAACAGCAAACAAAUACAAGAAUGAUUGAAAGUGAAAACGUCUGGUCUGAGGGACUCCUGCCAUGGAGACAUGUGAUGAACAGGUGAGACAAACCACAAACAGAUUUCAGAUCUGUUUUUGGCUCAAAAGCUGACCUUAGAGCAAAAUUUGUGAGUAAAGUAGUCCAGUCAAAACAAACAGCACUCAGUUAAAGAACAAAUACUCAAAUAAAUCAUGUGUUUUAUUGCCCAUUGUCAUGUUUAUUAAAAGAUUUUAAACAGAGUGAAAGACAUAAAUCUUUGACCUUUGCACUAUUUAAAAAAAAAGCCUUUCCUAACAUUAAGUCAGUCUUUGUCAAGCCUAAACAUUUUCACACAGUGUAUAGGACCUCUGGGCUUUUGCUUCAUUGUCUGCCAAAUUAACUAAACUCACCAACCGUCUAGACCUUAAGAAAAGAAAAUCCACUUUCCCGUCUUAAGAGAAAAGACUCUAACUUCUUUUAUUUCUCCUCAAGUGUAAGUGGCAUGAAAAACCCCAAACAUAUAUAUCAGGAGAUGGGAUUAGGAGUCAAAACAGACUCACCAAACUCAUUCUUAAUUUAUUGCUGCCGCUCUGGGGGGUGAAAGACUUUUUAUUUUCUCUGCUGAGGUUUUAGAAGCCGCCAUUGUUUUUAAUUUCAGUCCAAUAAUAAAGGUAAAGCUUUCUUUGACCAUUUUCUUAAUCUAAUAUCCCCGAAUGUCUUACAGUUAAAACACCAAUAAUCCAUUUUCAAUAAUGGCCGGCCUUUAGCCCAAAUUUCUUUUUGUAUCAGAUAACACGUCUGCCCUGCGCGGCCUGUCUCCGGUUCCACCUUAAGGAGCUGCUGCUUUAUGAAUAUGUAUUGCAUGUAUACAUAAAGGAUUAAGAUCUCCCCCCUCAGUUCCUCUCCCCCACCGUCUCCCCCGCUUCACUCUCUCUCCUCUCAGCUGUUCAAAUAUUGUCUUUCUAUUUAUACUGAGCUUGGGGAAAUAUUUACCCUGGGCCAGUGGAGCAGGGUGGAUAUGAAUGGGCAUCAUCUCAGCUUGUCAAAUUAGCUGCUGCUCGCUGCCUGCUAAUGUCUCUGUAAUUGGAAAGGCUGGCAGCGCAGGCUGUCUGGCUGCUACCUUGGCAUGGACAUCACGUGUUGCUGCCUGUCUUAUAGGGGUGGGAUACUGUGAGGUCACCCUGGGGUGCACGGUAAAAUCGUAAAGUUGACAUUCUUAAGUCCCAACAAACCCUGGAAGAAUAUAAAAAGUGACAUAUUUGAUAUUUUUUCAUUAUAAAAACACUUAAAAUUCAAAAAUGUAAUCUUUAUAAAGACAAUGACUUUUCAGGGUAAUUUCUCCUAUUGUUUCAGAUCUGGGUGGUGAUGGGAAGAACAGUUCUUUUGACUGUACUGAAUCUUUAGAAUCUGUUCGUUAAAAUGAUUCGUUCAGAUUCGUUUAACAAAUCAGUGCAGAACACAGGUGAGUGACACAGCGGCGCUUAUCAUUGAACGAGACCCUCCCCUCCCCUGCUGCUGAAGUCACAGCGUCUUUUACCGUGUGACACGUGUCGUUCAUUCGCCAAGUUGUGAAGAAAGAAUCACUCCCCUGCCCUGAAAAACUCACCUCUCUGUGUGCCGCUGACGUUCGCAUCACAGCAAGCAGCACGCACGCUUAACGAGCGCGAGUCUUAGUUCUUUUAUAUCGUAGAAAAGUGGAGAAAUUAAAAAUAAAUACAUAGUGAACAAACCAGUGCUCAGCAGUUCAUGAACAACGUUACGCACCUCACUCCUCUGCCUGCCUCUAGUCGUUUGGAAGUCGUUUGUUUCGUUCACAGUCUGACUGAAACAUGUCGUUCAUUCAACAAGUUGUGAAGAAAGAGUCAGUCCCCUGCCCUGAAAUACUCACCUCUCUGUGUGCCGCCGACGCUCACAACGCAACGCAAGUAAAAUAACACAGCAGCAAGCAAAUCUGCCCCAAAUCACGAGACUCCGCCCAUCCACUCACUGGCUGUGUGUCAUUCGCCAAAGAGUCAAAGGAGGCAGUUCCACUCUCGACCGGCAUGCCACGCUCGCGGCUGAGCUCAACUGAACUGAGAGAGGAACAAAUCAAGUCUUGGAGUGAUUCCAAUCAUAUCGUUCACUCAACAGUUCUGUUCUUUUGAACCAAUUGUUCAUGAACUGCACAACACUGGAUCUGGGGGAAUAGGGAGGUCUUUGUGAAGUGAAUUAAGGUGUUAUACGUAAGCAGAGGCCUCUAGGAUGAAGCCUGUGCACACAUCACCCAUGGACACCCAUGAUCAAUCAUAGAGCCUAUAGUACUAACCAGUAAGAGUGAAAUGAAAGGGUUUACACUCUCCUUGAUUAAUCCAUGGUUACUGUUUUCAAACCAAAACAAAUUUAUUCAUGACAGGAAUCGAAAAGUCACUUAUGAUUUAACAGACAGAAAAAAGCAGAGGAAAUCAAGCAGACGAGGAUGUUAAAGCUUUUGAAAACAGUCGAAGGAGAGAGAGAAAGAGAGAGAGCAGGCAGUAAAAGAGUGAUGGAGGUGGUUAACAACAGCAGAAGAGAGUGAGCUAAUGGAGAGGCACAUUUCCUACUAAAAAGGAUCCUCCUGCAGACGAGGAGACGGGCUGGAGAACGAGAGGAGAGGGGCGGAGAAGGAGAGGAAGAAAAGCAGCCCUGGCGCUGAUAUUGAUCUUCUGCCAGAGAGAUUGAUAGAGCAAUAAGGAGCUGAGGAGAGCAGAGAUGAGGAGUGGAGUGGAGGAGGAGGAGGACAGGAAGGUGAGAGGGAGGAUUGCGGGGUGUGAGAUGAAUGGAUGGCAGGACAAGGGCGGGAGAGAGAAGGUGAAGAAAGGAUAGAAGAGGAGAGGAGAAGAGAGGAGAGGGGGGCGAGAAAGUGAGUGGCAAUUGAUGAAAAAGAAGAGGAAGAGAGUGGGGGGAGGUGAUGUUGAUGAAGUAGCCGGCGAGUGACAUCAUUUGAAAGGUGAGAGAUCAGGUGUCUUCGCCUUAAUUAGGUCAAGGAGAGCGAGCAACGGAGUGAUGGAUGAAUUAGAGGAGAGCGGGGAAAGCGACUGAGACAGAGAGAAAGAAAGAUGAUUGGAUUUCAUGUGUAAGAGGGAAUGUGUGUGUGUCCGUGUGUGUAAGUGUGUGUGUGUUCAGCUAGCCCAGACACUAAAGGUGACCCCCCGCCGCCUAAUGGCACAAUACAUAUCCUUUAAUGAAGUCAUAGUGCAGUCACAUCCAACUACAGCUCCACCCGCUGCUCCCGCCGCUGAGUGAAGAUGUCAGCCGGUGUGUGUCUGAAGCGCACCAGAGUGUGUGUUUGGACGGACAGUGUGACAUGUGAGUCAGAGCCGUGGCACCAUUCUUCUGCACAGACCAGGUGUGUGUGUAUGUGUGUGUGUAAAUAUGUGUGUGCAUGAGUGUGUGGGUGAUGUAUGGGCGUGUGGACUGCGGUGAGUCAGGGACCAGCAGAGCCAUCGCUCAGGUCCGAGGCCUAAUGGAGAGUCCUGGAAGACAGCUGGCUGAUAGAUGGCCUGGCCCUGACACGCAUACACACACACACACACACACACACACACACAAACACACACACACACACACACGGUCGUCAGAUAACAGUCCUAAUGCCUGACCUCACUCAGUCAGUACGUGUCCUUCAAGAGCAACAGAGGAGGGACAAGGGGAAGCAGAAUAAGACAGGCGUGUGUGUAAGUGUGUGUGCGUGUGCAUGUGUGUGUGUGUAAGCAGUAUGUGUUUCUGCCUGAGAGUCGCUGGCUUGUCUACAAGUCCGCAGAUAUGAUCUCAAUUUUCCUGUUAGUCCCUCUCCCCAGUUUGUCAGAAGCCAUUUACAUCAAUGUUGAUCCUGACUUCCUUGACACACACACACACACACACACACACACACACACACACACAUCUAUACGAGACCAUGUACUCAAUUGCACUAAUGCCCGCUGUCAUCCACAAGUAUGAUCAAGAGUGACGCACACGUAUACACACACACACAAACACACCUGCAGCCACAUGUGUUUCGUGUUGAUUCGGGCCGCGGUAUACGACCGGCCUUCACUCUUCAUUAGGCUCCGUCUGAAUGAGAUGCUCGGUGACAUUAAGGUAAUGUUACAGGCCAAUAAAGUAUUUAAAGCCCCUGGGUGCUGGUGAAGGGGGCAGCAGGGUGGGGUGAGGACACUCGAGGAUACAGGGCGGGGUAAGCGAAGGAGACAGUUUGAUGUAUUGUCUUAACGGCAUUAUUAAAGCUCCUAUAAGGAGUUUUUUCACAUUUACAAACUCGACUGUUGUUUAGUACAGUCCGACAGCUGUAGCUAAUUUUUUAAACUCCACUUUCAGACCAGAUGUCUAUCUUUUGUUCUCCAUCUGAGUGUUAAGAUAAACGAUUUGGUGCUUUCUGCAGCAAAAAGAUAAAGUUGACAGUAUGGUCUGGAUCUCAACACAACAAAAACAACAUAUGGUAAACACUGUCCCUCAGCUUUAUCAUUAUGUGCCACAGAGCAUCGUUAAUAUUAAGACAGAGUCUGCUCUUCCUGAUUUUACUGAGGUUUAUCAGUGCCGAUACCAAACGCUGCUUUAGUGUAAUCCAUUACCUUGGUACUCCGCUCUUCUUGAGUCGUAUCCAUCAUUAGAUAAAAGCUAACUCCAUGUUCUUUUCAGAGAUUCUCUUUCUGCAGAUGCUUCAAUAAAAUUUUCCUUUCUAAACUCCAACCGAGUAACGAGAGUGAGACCAACAGUGUCAUGAUAUCUGCAGACUGAGUCAGCACGGUCAAAUUGCUGAGUCAUGCUGUCAAAUUGGGCACAUCUGUCUUGAUUGGACAGCAUUAUCUAACUAAACUCAUUAAUGUCGGGUUUAUUUCCAAGUAUAUUUGAGUUAAUUUAUUUAUUUAAGUGUCAUGCACACAAAGUACCCAACCCACAUGGGUUUAUAAGGCACUAAAUAAUGUCAACAGAUAGCGUUGCGUAGUGUUUAAACCGUAAAAAAAGAGGAAAAGGAAAAACAUACAAGUAAGCUACAUAAACUCAAAUCAAAUGUACAACACAGUUUUUCUUUUCUAAGGCCUUAUAAAUAAAGUUAGCUGUAUAAAAAAAGUCCCUUCCUGGACUUUGGUCUGACCAAAAGAGUCAGUCUUGGUCCGGACCAAACCGAACCACAGUCUGGUUCAUGUGUGAAAGCAUUAUUUUGACAGGAAAUGACGUAAGGAGUAGAAGUGUCCAUUAUUACAUUGGACGGAGAUUGGCCAAAAAUGGGAAAUUUUAUAAAAUUGUAGAUAAAGUUAAACCUCACUACUGACAGCUUGUCUUUUCAAGAAUUUUACAACACACACUUUCUCUCCUAAGUCGGUGUUGCAAUGGCUCGCAGGAUUGCAUACUUUUUUCUUCAUUCCUAAUGACAACAAUAAAGUCAUCGUCUAAUGAUCAAAUUCAAGUUGUGACUGUUGGUCGUAGAAAAUCAACAAUAAUAUGAUGAUGAUUUCAUUCAUGUUUACAACAUUCAAGACCUACCACGGAACAUUUUUGGUCUGAAAGAUGUCUAAUAGUUGCUAAAUGUAGUCUAGACGACUGGUCUAAAAUCAGACUACCACAGGUCUAAAAAAUGAACGUUUGUUUAGACGUCUAAAUUUAGACCAAGUUUAGACCAAGUCUAAAUCUGGGCUAUAUCUACACUACACUGUAUAUUGCUCAACAGCUAUCAGAAUUAUUUUGGUUAAGUACUUGGAGAUCGCUUAUGUAACUCACAGUUGUUUUUUUAAAUAAAUAGUUAUUGAAUAAUGGGUUAAAGUGCAAGGUCUAAAUUCGGUCUAAAAAUAUAUCUAGAUGGUUGAAAUUAGGUGUAAAAAAAACUAGACGUCUAAUAGCCGUGUAUUUCUCAGUGGGCUGCAUUACUCAACGUGUUGACGUCAGACGAGCGCCGACUAAAAGGCCAAUCAAUGUAAACUACAGAGAACUGCAGAGCAUGUAGUUAAUGAUGAUAUCAUGUAGGUUUGUCAUGUAAAGUCUGUUAGUCACAUAUUACACGCACCACAUUCAAUCUCCUCUCUGCUGCUCUUACUUCUGUUUUACUUUUCAAGAAACUUUUCCUGCUCCUUCAAAAAUACUCAUUUUUUGCACUUUCUGUGGUCUGUGGAAGUAUAAAACUUUGAUCAAGGGUAAACCGAUAAAGUUUGAGAGCCGCUCUUAUCAGAUUCAGGCCUUUGAGUCGAGUUUUACUCCCUUUUUCUCUCACUGUAGAAAUUUGAAGCGGGAGCGACAGAAAGGAAGACAUCAAGCAUCAGCAUACAAAUACUGAGCUUUCAACUUAAACGACUGCAGACACAUUAGGAAUGGAUCUUGCUUUGUGGACAAUGGGUAUAGUCCCACUCCAUUGAUUUCUCACCAGCUUUUAUUGCUCUCCAUCGACGGCUAAUGCCCCUAAGAUCCUGCUGCAGUCUGAAUUAUUCAGCAGGAGUGUUUUGUUUUUGUGUCAGGGCCGCGGGGUAAUUCUAGAUCAGGGAUAUUUGAUGAUCUGCCGCAGGAGUAAAACGUCUGUUCUCAGAGUAGCAGAGUGAUUUUUUUUUUUUCGACGGCAAUGACUCUGAAGUGUGCGUGUCUGCUGAGGCGGGGUGUCCAUAUCAAGUUGAGAAAAGGCCUCUGACAGUGAUAUUUAGCGUCUGGCUACGUUCCAAUAUUGUCCCAGGAAGCAUCACGGCUUUUCCUUUCAAAACGAGACGGACGGGUGGAAUGAGACGGAACAGGAGAUGACCGACUUCUCGAUAUCACGGGGGAUUAAAAGAGGCAUUGAUGGAAUAGCUCAGAGGUGGAAACAAUGGCUAAAGAUAGGGGAAAAAACGAGACGGAGAGUGAGAGACGGACAGAAAUACAAAAAGGAAGAGCGUGGAGCUGAAGAGAAAAUGAAGCAAAGAGUAUGAGGAAGAGACAGAAGGGGAAAGAGGGGAAGAGAUGAGAAGAGAGGACAAAAGUGCGUUGGUUAAGAUUCAGGGCAGGCGGUGGCGCAGGGCUAUCAUUACCAUACAUCAGGACAAUAAAUGAGGCUUUCAGCGGGCCGUAAUAAGAGUUUGAUAAAUCAUCGGGGCCAGAAUUAACUAGACGUCAAAACAAUGUGAGGGCUCUGACGGAUGGCAGAGGAGGGGCCGAUGGCACAGAUUAGUCUAGCUGGAAGUGAAGGAGCGCUGAAGGGAGAAAGGGGGGGAGGAGAGGGAGAGGAGGUGAGGAGCACAAGGACAGAGGCAGGCAGACUGUUAAACAGAGGAGAGAGACACGCUCUGCUCUGUCACGUUCAUGUCUGCGAGGACGACGUUUGCAGCAAUCCAACAACGAUAACACAAGGGACGUGAGCGCUUUAGUCUGUUCCCCAUUUGUGUGCUUGUAUUUUCUGACCUCUGACCUCAGGUGUGUGUGUGUGUGUGUGUGUGUGUUGUUUUCAGACACCAAAGAGACAUUCAACUUUGCUAAAGUGUGUGUUUUUUGUGUGUUUGUAAGAGUAAAGCUCUCAUCACCCCGCGGCUAAUCCUGUUGGUUUUCAUGAUAAGAGGUUGGUGCGGUGCUACACACACACACACACACACACACACACACACACACACAAACACGCACAGCACACCCCCAGUGGGUAGCUUUAAUUGCCAGGCUCUGACCUUUGCCGAGCGGCAGUGACAAGGCCUGUCUGUGGCAGUGGGAGGUGGUAGCGCCUCGAUUAGCUGUGACAGCAGAGUCGGGCGAUCAGAGGGAUAGAGAGGGAGUGAGAGAGAGAGAGAGAAAGAGAGAGAGAGAGAGAGAGGGAGAGAGAGAGAGGGAGUCGAGAGCCAACACUGGCUAAUUGGAGUCCCUCAUCCUUGGAGCAGUGAGCGAGAGAGCAGUCACAGUGGUCUGGGGCAGGGUGAUGAGCGUGUGUGUGUGUGUGUGUGUGUGUGUGUGUGUGUGUGUGUGUGUGUGUGCGUGCGUGCGUGCGUGCGUGCGUGCGUGCGUGCGUGCGUGCGUGCGUGUGUGUGUGUGUGUUUAGAGCGGGUAGGCUAUGGGAAAAGUCACAUCCGCUCUGCCGUCCUGUGUGAGUGUGUUCCUGGAGGCCUGUUAUGAGUGUGUGUGCAUUUUUAAUAAGCGUGUAAACACAGAUAAUCGUGUUCUGUCCUGUUCAUACAAGUUUGAUUUUUAUACUUUUAUAUUUGUGUCGUUUAAGUUUAUGAAUAUGCACCUGUUUAUAGCAGAGUGGAGUAUAUUUGGCAAGCCUUGAGUGACUGUGUGAGUGUAUGUGUGUGUGUGUGUAUGAGUGUGUGUGUGAAUGGGUGCGUCUUCAUGUUGAAACACUAAGUGGAAUAGACAGUUAGAUUGAACAGAACGAGGCACAAUUACCAGGUGAGGCCGAGAAGAUAAUGUUGUCCUAGUCUAACUCACCCCUUUGGCCCCACAUCUCCGUCUACUUUAGACACACACACCAUCAUCCUCUCUCUCUCUCUCUCUCUCUCUCUCUCUCUCUCUCUCUCUCUCUCUCUCCCUCUCGCUUCCUCGUCCCGCAGGCUGGACUUGAACAGUGUCCGUAGAGUCACAGGGAGAUCUACCCGCAGGCAGAGACCACCCAGCCUUUAUCAGCUGUCUUGCUCCUGCUGCAUGCUGGGAGAAGUGAGCUCAGACUGGCUGGUGAGAGAAAUUCAUGGCAAGGAUUCCCGCAACAGUUUCCUCAUUUUAUGCUCGAUUUAAUCCGUCCGUGAGCCCCCACUGAACAAGAGGACGGAAGAUCAACUGUAAUGUAAGCAGAGUGAAAGAACCUCAGUGAUCCAGAUGAACCUACAGCAUGAUGGAGCUCAGGGACUCCCAGAAAAGACUGUGUUAGUGACACUUGAGUUCAGUUUCAGUGAGAUUAAACAAGGUUCCUGUUUUUGGUUGAAUAAAAAAGGACAUAACUUUAAAUCUACUGCAAAAUCAAAUUAAAAAAUAAUCUUUCUGGGAAAAGAGACAUUUAAAAACAAAUCAACAAACAUAGCCAGCUUGAGAACCUAAAAUACAAACUUUUUUUAAGUCUUUCUCUGGUAUAAUCCAGCUGUCAAUUUCUACUUUGGCCAGUUAUCUACUUUUAAGUUUCCCUGCCGUCAUAUCAGCAGGAAAAUCUACUUAGAUCACUUACACUUACUUACUUACUUACUCAAGUAAUGCUGCGUUCCAGCUGAACUCAGAAUUUGGAAUUUCCGAGUUCUGAGCCGGAAAUUCAUCUGGAACACGUCUCUAGCGUCCCUACCAAAUUCUACGCCCUUGCGUCCAUCUUGGUUUACUGGAAUGCCGUCAACUCGGAAGUACCGUCAUUCCCAGCUUGACAUCUAACUUCAGAGGUAAAUGUAAGGCAGCAUCAGGACUAUAAUCUGUUGCCAUGGCGAUAUAUUACCCUACCCUUACAAUGUGAUAAAUUACAAUCUAAGUCACAACCACAAUCAACAACAGACACUUAAACCAGUUAAAUAAGCUUUAGGUUUCUCUGUGUAAUAACUUUUUAUUGUGGGUCAGUUUGGAGAUUAACUUUUUGUAUUUUCACACUGGAUCCACACACUUAUCUCUCCUGAACCAGUUAGUCGCAGCUUUCCCACUUAAUCAUCUUGAAAUCUGAAUUCAAUUGCGGUAACCAAUCUCAUCUGUGAGUCAAAUAUUCUCUGUGUGUUUUUUCCGCCACUGAUGAAAUUACGAGGCAACUUGGACCCGCUUUCCCGAUGAGAAUCAUCACCCCUCACAUCACAGUUUAUUGAAAUGCAUGAAACGCAUCAACUUCCUCUGUGUGACAAGAUGGUGUUGGAAAACCCGAGUUUGGCUACCUCAGACCCGCAGUCAAAACACAUUUCAGAUUCGACUCAAUUUAUUGCAUUCUUUCCUGAAACAUGAUCCGCUGAGGAGUGACAGCUAAGUGGAUGACGGGCUGAGAGGAAAUGAGGUGCAACCUGGACUCGAACCCGCAAUGUCAUAAUCAUAUGACACAUGCAGGGUAAACCUCAACUGAACCUGGACGCCACAACCACAACCUUCAUGUCUAAUCUAACUCUAUGGGAAGAAAAACAACACACUGCAAUUCAUGCAUGUACUUCAGGCCUCAACUGCUUCUAAUAUUAAACUGAGAGAAACCGCACACUGAAUAGAGAUGCCACUAACUGUAUAUGGCUACAACACUGGGUUUGAAACACUGCCUAUGAAAAGCUCUCAGUUUUUUCUCUAUUUGAUAUGGAAACACACUCUGGUCUAUUCUCUUGUUAAACAUGAUGCUUAUGUUAUUUUUGAAACAAGUUAACCAGGAAUUAGACGAGAAAGGAAGAGGUCUAAAUUGGGUUUUGCUGACAGUCCUACCUAACUUUUUUUUUUACUCUUCAACACGAAGGUCAAAGCUGUUGGUUCAGUUUGAGUUUGUCUAUAAUCACACAUGUACAAGACUGAAAACUUUCUUCACUUUUCAGGCGGAUACUUUUACUGCCAGACCUCCAAGUUUCUGUGCAUGUCCUGGUGAGCUGUUGUGAUGAUGCACAGGAAGAAAUAGUCCAAAAAUCACUCUGAGUAAGAAGUAAACCUAGAUUAGCAAGAAUCAUCAGGAUAAAUGAAAAUAUAUGAGGUUGAAAAAAGAGACAUGACAAGAAGUCGUCCAAGAAGAUGAGUUUUGAAGGUUAAAGUUGUAUUUAUUUUAAUGUUUAUUUAACAGGGACAAAAAUACAUACAACAUCGCCACAAGAAAUGGAAAAUGUGAUGCAUAAAAGACAUCUAGCUUCAGCUAAUUUGCAGUCUUUGGGCCUGAUCUACUAAAGGUUUGCGUGUGCAAAAACACGUGCAAACUUGAUAGCGCACGCAAACCUGAUCUACUAACUGGGUACACUAAGGAUUGCGUCUGUCAUAUGAGCAAAACAGCGUGCGCGAUGGAUUUAGCAUGUUUGCCUUCAUGAAUAUGCAGAAUGUAUGAAGAUCAUCAGAAUGCGCAAAAUUCUGGGAGGAGCAGAUGCAAACGGUAUCAUUUAGCUCCCACAAUGGGAUUUACCAAACCCGGAAACAGAUGUGGUCGCUGUUUUGCGUCUAUAUUUAGCAUGUUUGAAAGCAACGUGCAUACUAGCACAGCAUAAAUUAUAAGGUCAAACACGGAACAGACGAAAGAAAUUAUCCGUCUUCUUGAUUUUAAAUCAUUUUAACCCUUUUUUUUGUUUUCUAGUAUAUCUUCUUGCAUCUGAAAAGCACUUUGUGUCGCCUUGUGUAUGAAUUGUGCUACACAAAUAAACUCGCCUUGCCUUUUAUGCAGUUCCCCAAAACCAUAUGUGCAACUCCAUGGCUUCAAACUUCAUUUUUCAUCUACGACCACACUGCUCUCACAAACUCUGCAUGGUGACGGCCGAUAGGGCAACACGCCCACUAAUAGCAUGUGCAAUUUUUUAGUUUGCACUCGCUAUUUUGGAUCUUAGUAGAUCAGGCCCUUUGUCUCUGGUCAGGCUUUAGUGUAGAAUAAAAUAUACUGAAUACUAUAAACACAAUAAUACAAUACAGUGGAUAAUACAGUGAAUGGUUAGGAGAUACUAAUAAAUAAACACAGCAACAAAAUUUAGGUUAAACAAUCACACGAGUGAAAUCUAACACUAAACAAUAAAGUGUCAUUUAUAUAGACAGUGACUUGAGAGAAGUCACUAGGAUGAGCCCAAAUUUUUAAAUCUUCAGAUCUCGCCAACGUCACAAUCUACAGUCCUGGAUUUAGUGCGUGCUCUGGGUUAUCUGAGCCAACAGAACAUCCUGCAGACUUCACUCCUGAUCAUAUUUAACUUCGCUGCAGGGUGGCAAACUUGUCCCAAAACUAAAUCAGACAGUUCUUCCUCCCCUACACUCUGUUAGUAAUAUUAACUAACCCUUUAUGGCGUUGUGUCAAGUCCCUGACUGACAAACAGUGGUGUAAUGACAACCAUCUGGCGUAGUAAUGAAGGCAGCAGUGGGAAUGGGAUGUUUUAAUUAAUGAAAGCUACUCCAUUAGCUCUGAUGAGUGGCUUAUCAGCUCCGGCUCAUUAUGCAAAUGGAAUUAAGAUCGCUGAGUGUCGUGGUAUUAACAGAGAUAUUAAGGCGUUUGGUUCAAAGUGACUUCCUUUGCUCCUCUUAAAUUACACAAUACUUGGCUCAGCCUUUAUACAUAUAUAUAUAUAUAUAUAUAUAUAUUGUAAGUUUGGAUGUAAAGAGAGUUGGUGGGUUUAUGCAAAUUUGACUAAUUUCAUGGUGACCCUGUUCCCAUGAGCGCUUACUAUCUAUCUAUUAUGUUGCUUUCUACGACUACAGAUACCAACAAGUGGGCACUCCUGACUCUUGUGCAUCUUCUACGACACUAUGUCAAUCAUUUAAAAAUUUCUAAGUCUUUAUAUCCUGGUGAGAAUUCUUCCCCUUUGAUGGCAGCCAGGAUAAAAGCUUCAAACUGACAUUUAUAUGUAUUUCCUUCUUGAGUUAUUUUCUGGGCACUUUCGGUUUGUAUUAAAUGAGACAGCUGAAAAGAGACAGAUCGUGUGGAGAGUCGAGAUUGAAGGAGAACAUGCAGCAAAGGGUCAUGGCUGGUGCAGCAAGAGCUAAAACAAGUGUACAUGGGGCGCACUUAAAUGACUACAGUCAGCAGCACUUCUUUAACUAAAUAAGCCAAAAAAAAAAUUAAAACUGGACUUGUGUUUUUUUUUUCAGAUACUGAUUAAACUCUUUUUGUGCUUAAAUUCCUGUCUAGAACGAUCUUCUCUGUGUGGAUUGAUGCUCAUUGGAAGCAUAGGGGGCUGAUACGCGUCCUGUAUGCUACACUGCGACGCUGCCGAUACACACUAAAUACGGAUCCUGUAUGUUUUAGCCUUAAAGCAACUUGUUUGCAAGACAGUGUUGGUGUCUGUUGUCCAUGCGAGAAUACCAUUAUUAUAUUUGGACUUGAACAGUUUUACGUUCUGGUCUGAUUAAUGUGUUUGCUUGUUGCAUUAAGGAACAUCUUUACAGGCUAUUUGUAAUGUUUCUAUCCAGACAAUUGUCCCAUUAUAAAGAGUCGUAAAGAACUAAACUAGGUUAUGCAAUGGCUGUAGAGUCAAUACUCAUAACUGUGAAAGGGUAGACUUACAGUAGGCUGAACGCCGUCUGGACACUAUAAACUGCAUGUGUAAUAAGUGAGAGGUUUAUGGGUAUAUAUAUAGAUAUAUGAAAGCCAAAUAUAGAGAGGCAGAUGCAGAACUAGCAGGAGAGUAAAUUUCACUCAGCUUGACCAAGAAACAAAAAACAGAUACAACAAAAGAAAAGAAAUAAAAGAUUUGUGUGUGUGUGUGUGUGUGUGUGUGUGUGUGUGUGUGUGUGUGUGUGUGUGUGUGUGUGUGUGUGUGUGUGUACACAUGGGGCAGGGUUGUUUGGCUCUCUUUGACCCCGUGGUCAUUAAUCUCACUUGCUGUCAGGGUAAUGGACGCUGAUGGACAGGAUUGUGUUUGCUCACUCACACUCUCGCACAAACACACACACACAGACACACACACACACACACUGGUACCUCUGGGUGCUGACAGCUUCAAAAAGCCCCCCCUCUACUCACACACACACACAUUCACACAAUCCAGUUACUCAUUCACAGCAGCGUUUCAGUGAGUAAUCCUAAAACUUCUCGUGGGUGAAGUUGUGCGUGUUCACCGGUCAGCUGUCUCCCCCCCUCUGCGUGUCAGCAGGGGCGCUCAAACAGGUUCCUCUUCUAAUUGGUCAAACCAGCAGUCGGGCCUUCUACCUAGUACCUGUCCCAGGAGGUCUCCACAAUUCUCCACAACAUCUGUGUGUUACAUUUCCAGAGUCACGGCGAGGUUAGCAACACAACCCAGCAGUACCCGCACCGCUUUGUCCAGCCUGCCUGCUCGCUUCCUCCACAUUUCAAAGCAAUUACUCCAUGUUGAUUUAGCUGUCAUUGGGGGCAUGUGUUCGCGCUUGAUUUAUAGAGCGACCGCCUGGUGCCAGUUGACUCGCGAUAAAUUGCACAAUAUUCCGAAAGGCUCAUUUGCUUAGCGCUACAUUAGGGGGCCGAUGAUUGCUACACAAAGCCAUGUAAAUGAGUUCUGAGAGGGGCCCCAUCACUCAACAUGUCAUGUAGCCAAUCCCAUUAUUAUUUAUGACUGGAGCAGGGCCGUGUUUCCUCAGAGGCAAGGCGAGGCUCAUAUGUGUGCUGUGACAGCUCUGCUCUAGCUGUGUGUGUGUGUGUGUGUCAGAGAGAGAGGGAGAGAGAGAGAGGGAUAUAAGUCAUGUGUGCAGAGCAGGAAGGAGCCAGGCUGUCUGUGUUAUCUGCUGGAGGGUGAAGAUUAAAAGAUGUUGAUGAUAGCACACUAGAAGAUGGAAUGAUGACCAACUAACUUAUUAUAUCGUCCUCUUUUUCUACUUUCAGGGUUUUUUGUCUUUCUGUACCACACACACACACACACACACCAAACUUAAAACGCAUCGAACAAGCCCAUAAAUCCAGAGAUGUUGCCAAACAAAAGCCUCUUCAGCACACACACACACAACAGAGGAGAUCAACGCAGCUCGUUGUGUUUGUUCUUUCUUAUCUCCGUCAUGUCAGGGCCGGCGUGAAGAGCAGCCGGGCCUGGGUCGACAGUAUGUGGACUUUUUCACGGUCGCUCAGACAUGUCAUAACAGAGCUACUUACAUUCACUGCUGUCAAACAUGUCAGCUCUCCAAACCAUAACAAAGAUAACAGAGGCUGCGCUUUCAGAUCCAUCGCUCAGCGAGAGGAUAUCUGAGUGUGUGUGUGUUGACAUUACAGCUGAGCUGUUAUUUGAUCAGAACAGUGAUCUAAGUGUCUGUGGUGAUUAGGUGUAAUCUGCUUUCCAGGGCUGUGAUCUAUGUUCUGCAGCUGGAUGAGGAGGGGGGUGGUGUCGGUCUGUGUGGUGCAGAAAUCACACGUACCAUUGAAUGUUCAGCUUCUGUGAGGGCAGUGUUGAUGCAACGUAUACUUAUCACUUCAUCAUUAUGUAUUAUGUGACCAGUGAUGAAUACUGUGUAUAUGUUAUUGCACUGCUUGAGUUAAAGAAUACAAAACAUCUGGGCAAAUUUUGCAACAGUACAGAAUCUUAAAGAAUCUCAAAACAUUGAAUUUUCAGUAACACUUUACUUGACGCCCAUCUAUAUAACGCAUUAUAAAUAAAUAUUUAAAAUGCGUUAAAAUCACGUUAUAGCACUGUAUAACUAUAGUAAUAAACACUCAUUAAUAAUCAUAAUGCUUUAUAGCAAUAAUCAUAACACAUUAUAAAGCAUUUUAUCAUGACUUACAAGGUCAGGUAUUAUAAUGUGUUAUAACUGUCAACAACUCACCGACAAUUCCCCACAUAGAUAAUGCAUUAUGAAUAUAUUUAUGAUGUGUUUUAAUUUGCUUAUCCCUUUAUUGCCUUUUGUAUCAUGUUUGAUACAUACUUUUAUAUACUUCUAUCAAAUCAAUAUGAUCAUCAAAUUACAAAAAAAACCACCUUAAUACAGUCCGAUAAACGAUAAAAAUGCCCUCUUGUGAUUUAUUAUUUUCCAAGAACAUCUAAUGUAUCAAACAAGAUAAAUAAAUAUAUUUGUUAAAUUUUGAGGACAUUUUGAUUUUUUUUAUUUUAAGUAGGAGGUGACAUAAACAUUUCAGUUCUGAAAAAAAUUAGAAUUUCCCGGCCACAAUUUGUAGUUUUAGGCAUUAAAGGGUUAUAAACUUGUAUAACUAUCAUUAUAAACACUCAAUUAUCAUAAGGCUUUACAACAAUAAGCAUAACACAUUAUAAUACCUGACCUUGUAAGUCAUGAUAAAAUGUUUUAUAAUGUGUUAUGAUUAUUGCUAUAAAGCAUUAUGAUCAUUUAUGAGUGUUUAUAACUAUAGUUAUACAAAGCUAUAACGUGAUUAUAACGCAUUGUACAUAUAUUUAUAGUGCGUUAUAGAGACAGGCGUCCAGUAAAAUGUUAUCAAAUUUUCCAAAAGCAUGAGUGCUCAUGUUUUUGCUGCAGAUUUCCAGAUUUGCAGCUCCAAAGGUUUAGGGACUUGCAGGGAAAUCAAACAAUAAUAGAACAAAAACUGCAGUUGAGUUACUGCAAGCACAAAGAACUUUGUCUUUAAAUGUUCAUCUUGAAUAAAAACAAAUGUUUAGAAAGAUAAGAGGCGAUCCAAGACUUUAAAAGAGGAUAUGAGCAACAUGCAAACAGGCACAAACUUAAACCAUCAAUACCAAGUUAUGAGGACGUACAUCACUCCUGUGAAACUGAACUAUCCCAGAUCUAGUUUUGAAGUGCAGGGCUUGUCCAGGAGUUUAUAUCACCGCCAAUAGGAAUGUGUGGAGAUCCAAAACUUCUAGAUGUCACUUGUGGUUUUAAAUGACAUCUUUUAUGUCACAUUUUUAGCAUUCACUCACGAACACUGCAGAUAACGUUCUUCAGAUGUUUAAUUACUGGUCUCAAAUGUUGAUUAUAAUCCUCGUCUGUGAAGGAUCUAUCAUCCUCUGUAUCCAAGUCUACUUCAAACUGAAUUAGUCACCCACACUGAUGACUGACAGAGGCUUGUUUGACGCCAUACUGCAACUGUGGUCAGACUAGCAUGUAAUGUAUAUGUAGGAAUAAUCUCUGUUGCAUUACUAGAAGGGUUCAAGCUUGAACUUACUGAGCUACCAUGCCAUUGUCUGUGGGUGUAUCGUGCUUUUUUAGAGGACUUCAUGUACAGUGCUUUGUUUGUGAUAAACUGUUAAUGUUGAGGUUAAGAAAGAGCUCCAGUAGAAGCUUUAAAGAUCUUUGUAAAACUGCAGUUAAAGCAUUUCCAGCUCUUCUCACUCCAUUCAUUUUACUCCAUUGUCUUCCUCCUCUCUCUCUCUCUCACUUCUUGCUCGCUCCUCUUAUGUAUGUCCUUCAUUGCCUCUCCCCAUCUCCUCCUCCUCCUCCUCCUCCUCCUCUCCACUGGAGCUUUUUGUUUUUUAACGGAUGAGUUAUUGACUUAAGCAGGGCCAAUUAAUCAGGGUGUAAUGGGGCAGCGGGGAGGCCCAGGGAAGCCAUGCAUCAUGGGCCAGAGAUGAGCUCUGUCAGCCUGCUCAUACAGCCCUCCUCAAUCACUCCCACAUUAACGCCAGGCACAGAUGAGGAGGAGGAGGAGGAAGAGGGGGGAGAAGAAAUAAGGAUCAGAAGGGAGACACAGGGAGGGGAUAGAAAAAGAGGAAAACAGAACAGGACCAUAUGGAAAGUGUGCACUCAUGGAGUUGAAACCUGUGCAAGCGAAGUCUGCAGAGGUGAGCGUAUGUGGGAGACCACACGUACACUGCAGGCUUCAUGUGCCACCCAAGACUAUCAGCCCUGUUGUCUUUUGCACCCGCGUGACUCAUCUGAUCUACGUACUGUAUGUGUGAGGGUGGUGUUGUUGUGUUGUGAUGUGUUGUGUCUGGGUCAAAUGAGAGCAAACACUCGACUGCACUUUACACCCAAACACAACAUGCCAGAGAUCAAACUCGAACCAUAACAUUCAAACAGCCUGAGAGACCGGUUGUUCCUGCACCCACACACACGUAUCCCUGAACUGACACUUUAUGGGUGAUAAUUCUGGGUUUGAUGAUAGUGGUUUUAACAUACGGGGGUUUUAAGUGACUCGUUUGCUCAUGUGGUGUUGUGAACCAAAAUAAAAUGAAGUCAUGAAAAGCAUGACUGUAUAAUAAGUGAGGAUCCUGUGCAAAAUCUUAAUAAAAACUGAAUUAAAUGAUUUGCAAAGUUUUUUGAUGUUUAUGAAAUAGACUUAAAGGAUUACUCCGGCGCAAAAUUAAGUUAGGGUCAAACAAACCAUAACAAUGAGUUAGCUUGCUUCUCCAGUUUUACCAACUUUAGUCGCGACAGCAAUACAGAGAGUCACACGCUCAACCCAAACGCCACUUCAUAACCACAAAUAAUGCUCAGAACAGCAGCUAACUUCAUCAAAAGGACAUAUAGGGUCCCAGCCAUAGCACUAGCCACCAAACAUCUUUUUAACUUUGACUAAUUUCUUUAGCAAAGAGACUAAACACAACUCACCUACUCUCAUCCAGCAGCCGCUUGUUUGUGUGGACACCUCAGGCGAGUCCAUUACCACAGCGGGAUGCCGCAGCUCAAGGAAGAACAUUUAUGAUCAUGUCUCCGCGUCUGCAGUGCAAAAUGAUUAAUAUGAUGAUUAUUACUUCAAGGAAAUGAUAAAGAAAUGAUCAUAAAUGUUCUUCCUUGAGCUGUGGCACCCCGCUGCGGCAAUGGACUUCCAUUGGUAGAGCCACACAAACAAGCGGCUGCUGGAAGAGAGUAGGUGAGUCGUGUUUAGUCUCUUUGCUAGAGAAAUUAUGCAAAGUUAAAAAGAUGUUUAGUGGCUAGUGCUGUGGCUGGGACCCUAUAUGUACUGUUGAUGAAGUUAGGUGCUGUUCUGAGCAUUAUUAGUGGCUGUAGAGUGGCGUUUUGGUUGAGCGCGUGGCUCUGUGUAUUGCUAUCGUGCGGUCGUUACUAAAGUUGGUAUAACUAGAGAAGCAAGCGGUCAGCAACAUUCAUCUCGACGGGAUGUCUAACUCGGUGUGUUUGACCCUUACUUAAUUUUUUUACGCCGGAAUAUCCCUUUAAGUUAAUUUUAAUACUUUUUUAUGACUUAGAAAAGCAAUCAAGGCCAUCAGUGAUAGAAAAACUAAUUCUCCAAGAGUACCCUGACCCUGUUCCCAAACUUUGUCCCGCCCUCCAACCAUCCAUCAUCCCCUGAGCAAGCACAGCGAGUUCAUGUAAAAUCCAGAGACGUCACAGUCAGACACGUGUUGUUUCUUUCAGCCUGAUUGACUUAUCUGACUUCCAUUGGUAGAGCCAUUACAAAUAUCACAGACAUGUGUCAGUCAGUGGGUUUAGGCCCGCCAAGCAGCUGUGUGUCACAUCAUAAUCCUCCCUGUCACAACGCAGUAACACUCAAGUAAAAUAUCCACUUAACAUGCCGUCCAUCACUUUUAUCUCCUUCAGCAAGUCCUCGCCUUCCUCUCCGUCUGUCUGAGUCUGUCAAGAUGGAAGCAGAAAUUUCUCCUCUUAAAGUAAUAUCACUUUCUCUCUGUGAAAUCGAGGGCAGCAGGAUGUGAAACAGAAACACGUCCAAAGAUCUGCUGUCACUCUACAUUUAGUCAGUGUCAGCGACAUGUCAGCCUGUUGACCCGCUUGGACAUCAUCGGCUUCACACAGGUAAAAACAAUACCAGCGAGUGUACCUGUGUGAGAUAUUACAGCUGCACUGUGGUCCACUAAUGAGAGCUGACAGCCUUAGACAGAAAGUGGUUUCUUUAAAAACUGCUGCAGAACUUAAACAGAAGAUCAGUUCAAUAAAAAGAAAUGCCAAAAAGAAAACCUGGUGUCUGCAGUGGUUUUGCCCGGGGGGCUUCAAUGAGUUACCGAGCCAAACAACAGAGACAAAGUGAGAGAAAUUGAGGAACAAACGGUUGUCAUGAUUCACUUUCUAAUUCCCGUCCUCUUAGUGUCGACUAACAUAUAUCUGCUCUAGAUAUGAGGACAGGAAACACAGUCUGUCCUGCUGGCAGAGGAACGAAGGUGAGUAUAAGUUCAUGACCGGUCAGAUAACAAAACAGCAUGUGUGUUAACUCAGACCACUGACAGACCACCGUUUGGUCCCCUGCAGUUUCAACUGCCUGAAUACAAUAUUACUUUACGCUUUAGCAAACCGAUACACGUCAGGCACUAGGACCAAACGACCACUCAAGCCAAAAACUGGUUUCCCUUGGUUUGGACCGCCCAUAAGGUCCUUGAUUGGCUCUGCCGCAGGGCCGCUUUUUGUGUGUGAUCGGCUAUCCCUGCUGUCAGUCAUUCCAUGCCCGUCAGUCUCGUGUUUUGCAAGUUGCUCGUAAGAGUCAGUCCGUGAACAUCGCUAUUCGCCAAUGUAAGUUUCCAGGAGGGCGGCGUUCAUUUUCCCUUUGUAACGUCACAUUCAUCAGAGGUUUCAUUUACAUCACGUGUCCCCACCACCACCUUUGAAAUCAAAAUUUCGUCCAUGACUCAGACUGUCUUGGGGCAAGCAAUGGUACCGUCUUCUCAAAGGAGGGCACCUUCACAGAUUAUGAAAGUGCACUUUUUAUUUCUACUCAAACAUCCGCCACUUUUUUUUUCAGUUUGGAAAGAAAGAGACAUAACGUAGCAGGCAAGCGAGAAACUAAGUCCUGCAGCCUGCUCUCACAAUCUCCAGGAACCUUUCAGAACACGCUGGCUCCCUUAUCCUUUGACCUUUGCUAUUAUGAUCUGUUAUGAAAAUGGCCCUCAGGCUGGCAGUUUCUCCAAAGUGUGAAUCGGUAAUAGUCUUCAUUAUGGCACAGGGUCGUUUUCAUGCAGAAAUAAAAAAGAACAUUUAGGGAAAUGCUUGGCUUCUGCUCCAACUCAUGCCUGAGACUGAAUAUAGCUUCUGACCCGGGACACGUCUCAAACAAUUAAGAACGAGAAAUGUGAACAGCUACACAAAAACUGGUUAUGGGAUGAAGAAAUUAAGACAUGCAUGACAAGUGGAUAUGUGGCCCAGUGGUAGUAGAACAUUAACAGGUACAGUUUGACGCAUUAUGGCAGCCACAGAGACAAUGAAGAGUGAAAAUCCAAUCGAGAUUAAACCAUAUUUUAAGUUAAAAUACAGUAUAGAGUUCAUGUAUUUAGAAGUUGAUGGUGCUGCUGUAGCUAACACACUACUCCACUGACAAGUACCUCAUACAACCCCACUGAAAAAAAGAAAAAAUGCCCCUUUAACUGAUUCGGUGUUUUUGAUCUAUGUGGUCUUCCUGUUGCCUGAGGCCCACAAACAAGACUUGUAAUACUGUAACACAUGCUGGUCUGAGGAUGCAUGGAGGCACUGCCGGUAAGUGUGUGUGUUCACCUGUGUGUGUUAGUGUAUUUGUGCCUGUUGCGCAGCAGAGAGCAUACAGGCAGGAAACAGAGCUGAGAGGUUUGAUCGUGCCCCCGGAUAGGAACUGAGUGACACGAGGAGAACGGUGCUGGUUGGAUUUUUUGCGGGAUGGGGGUUGUUGUUAUGGCGCCCCAGAGCAGACUGAAAGGCUUGUUUUGACAUGUGGCCCUUAACUCCCUUAAUCCAGUUUGAUCGGACCGAUUUACAGAGCCAGAAAUCGACUGAAGGUGUCAACUGAGCUGUGAAAACAAAGCUGAAAAACUUAUUUUUAAGUCUCAGUGUCCAAAUUUCCAGGCCUGUGCUGUUUUACUCAUCAGUGAUUGUGUUUGAGACGCAGAUGUACCACAUGCAUUUAUGGUGGUGACAUUGUGGACAACUCUUAUUUCUGCAGAAUCCAUGAACCUCAGCCACUGGAGGUGUGAGAGUCAAUUUGUUCACUCAUGAACUGAUCUUACAGAUUGUUUUUGUGCUUUUUUGUUGUUGUUGCUGCAGGAGAUUGUGUAGAAUUUCUGUCAAUACAGCUCAAACGGCUGAUUCUCUCUAAAUCAUUCCUGACAUCUAAACUCUUAACAGGUGGCUUUUGGAGAAAUCUCAUGUGGCAGCUGAUACUGUUUUUCUCUGAGGGAGGAAGUAUAAAUGUAACUGUUACUCAUUUCAGUGAGGGGGAGCAGGACCUCAAGGGCCCUUGGGUGCCUCUAGCCCCAAAUCUGAGAAGCUGCGGCGCACAUGAACUAAACCGAGCCGCAGUAUUUGAUUAAUGACUGAGAAUAUAAAGGUAAAAGGAAGGGAAUAGAAGCCUCUUGUACUUUUGCUUUUCUGUUCCCUUGCUAGUGCACCCCGCACUAACACACACACACACACAUAUAUCCACAGCCUUCCCUUCGCUCCCUCUCUGGUGGGGCUUCAUGGGUAAUGUCGAGUGACACGUUUAAGCGGGAGCUGUCAACUCUGUGUAUGUACCACUGAGUGGCAGAGCCCGUGAACGCUGGCGACAGGCUCACACAUGCACACAAACUACAUGCAUAUCCCACCCUCCAUUACUGUGUCACCCAAAUACAGCAAAGGCCUAACCCUACAUUUGUUCAAACAAAAACACAUGCGCACACUGCAUCCAUAAAGAGAGCUGUAGGAUUUGGUGUAAUAACCCUUUAAGGUUCAGCGUCAAAGCAUCAGUCUGUUAGCUGGAGGCAAUAAGAAGCAAAACUGGAGGCAAACAUAAGUCACCAUCACAGGGUAGAAGACGACACAGGAGCAUCAAAAUAUCAUGUUGUUGUGUUGUUUGGCGCAUGAUUCGAAGGAGAGAUAGAGAUGUCUGCAAACUGAAAUUAAGCCGUAUACAUCAGUGCCCGCUUAAUGAUGAAUACAUAAUGGCUGGCCAGAGGGGAUCAUCAAAAAUGUCUGUAUGUGCACUGCCAUCUCCAUAUAGCACAGAAAGCUGUUGUUUGGAUGAGCAGAAUUAUGUACAUUAAAGCUACAGUAAGGGAUUUUAAGGCCUUGCCCACAUGUAAAUGAGAACGAGACGUUACCGUUUUGUUUCAAAAAAGUUUUCAGUGAAGACAGAAUCAUUUCAAGAAAUAUCCACGUAAAUACGAAACCACUGGAAACGAUGUAGUACAUGUGCAGAGCCAGUAAGUGGCGCUGUAAUGCUGCCCCAGGAAUGCACCAAAAGAUAGAGGAAGAGUACAAAGCAUGAGUAUAAAUGUUGUUUUGGACCAGAGAAAGGGAUAUUCUGGAGUAAAAUCUCGCUUGUUUGUAGCGAGACCUCGGGCAAAUUCAUUAUGGACUGCUGCGGGGUGACGCAGCUCAAGGAAGAACAUUUAUGAUCAUUUCCUCAUGGAAAUACAAUCAGACCAAGACAUGAAGGCAGAAGAACUACCGCGUCUGCAGUGCAAAAAUUGUUGAUAUGGUGAUUAUUACUUCAAGGAAAUGAUAAAGAAAUGAUCAUAAAUGUUCUUCUUUGAGCUGCGUCACCCCACUGUAGUCUGUAAUGGACUGGACUAAGGUCUCGCUACAAACAAGCGGCUGUUGGAAGAGAGUAGGUGAGUUGUGUUUAGUCUCUUUGCUGAAGAAAUUAGGCAAAGUUAAAAAGAUGUUUGGUGUCUAGUACUAUGGCUGGGACCCUAUAUGUACUGUUGAUGAAGUUAGGUGCUGUUCUGAGCAUUAUUUGUGGCGUUUUGGUUGAGGUUUGUCUAUGGCUCCUGAGUCCGCUGUGUAUCACUAUCGUGCGGUCGUUACUAAAGUUGGUAUAACUAGAGAAGCAAGCAAGUGGCAAGAAUUAUCUCUCAAGGGGGUGUCUAACUCGGUGUUACGUUGUGUUUGACCCUAGAUUUAUUUUUUGCCAGAAAAUACCAUUAAAAGAGUAACACUGUGUGUGACGUAAUCGUUUCAAGAAAGAUACAGACAGGUGCCCACACAGAAAUGAAGCAGUAGUCAUACACAGAUUUAACUGCUCUAGGAUCCACUUUCAAAAGGUAUUGUUUACAGUCACCUGAGCAGUUUCCGUGGGGACGAUACGACAAGAAACUUUUGCGUUUACCACUAAAUAUGUUUCCAUGUGGACGGGGCCUUAUAAAAGUGGGAAAAAUCAAUCCCCAGCACAUUAUCCAAUAAUGUUAGUACUUGUCAGACUAACGUGUUUACAUGCAUUUUAAAAGUCCAGUCAGGCUGUUGUGAUGAAUCCGUUGUUUUCAGUGCAUGUAAAUGUCAAACAGAAAUUGGACGUUCUGUGCUUUGUUAAAAUCGAGAACACAGUUGACGUUUUUCCCUCUAGGACGCCCAAAAAAACGACUGCCUCUUAUACACUUGGGCAACGUGUUGUGCAGAUUUUACAGUAAGUAUAUACUGUCAAAAAACAGACACAGCAUCGACCUUGGCUGAUAAUUAGCCCCAGCUUGUGUGCGUGUGUGUGUAUAGGAAACAUUAUCUACCAUAACUUCCCCCUCCUCUUCCCAUUUUCUUUCUUCUCCUGCUCAGAUCAUCUCUCCUCUGUCAGCCAUGAAGCUGUCAGCAGAGCGUCCAGCAGGCCAAAAGUGAAGAGAAGAAGGAGAAAAGGCAGAGAGGGGGGAAAAAAUCUGGAACAGGAUGCUCGGCGCUGUCAGAAAUCUCCUCUUCUUCGCUGACAUUUGGAUUUACACAUCUCAUUUUCCUGAGUGACAAAGUACAUAAACACACGCUUCAAGUGGAGGAGCUUGGCAAGCUUCUCCCCUCCAACACCAAGACACAAACACACACCAUGCACGCACACUCACACACACAUCUAUACAUACAUUAAGCUUUGGCUUUAGUUUUUUGGAUGGAGUUAAGGAAGAGGAGGGGAAAUGACAUGUAUUCUUUGAUCUCUCACUCUGUCGGUGGUGGUGAUGAGCGAUGAGUCAAGUCAGAUGGAGGAUUUUUUCUCUUUCUGGAGCGUCACAG